UAUAUGUAUAGGCUUUGUGCGAUGCACAUUUAUUACAUCGCAGAGUCACGCAAUCUCUCACGGAUUGCGCCAAUUCGCUUAUCCCCACAGUUUCCCCACUCGCGACAAGUGUUUUCAUUUGCUUUGGUCCACGUCGAAGUCGAACGAUCGUUGCGAGCCGUAGUAGUGUUGUAUCGGGUAUCGCCGCGUGAGGUAUUUCUCGCGAUCGAAUUUGCACGCAAGACUCUUUCUCUGAGGAUGUCGACAGACAUGAGGUUUUUAUGGACCGUUCUUCUUUGCGUUUUCAUCGCUACGAUUGUUGCGGUGCACGCCAAGCCCACGAUUUACAAAAGGAACGAGGACAAUGUAUUUGAGCCAGUAAUGGUACCCGUGUCAUCCACGGUAAUUCCAUUGCCCGUGUACAAAGUAGGCUAUGGCUUAGGUUUCAUAUCGAAAGAUAAGAAAGCUCAAUCAUCGUUCAAACCGGAAGGUGGCAUAAAGUUAAUUACGAUCAACAAGAUUCAAGAAAAGAAGAUUUAAUACACAAAUGGAAAUGCUUUAAAUUAUGUCCAAUAAUAUUUAUUGGAGACGUACGUUUCGGAGAUCAGCAAUAGAAAUCUCUGCAUUCUGCUAUUUAUCGCAUCAACUUCCUACAAAAUAUACGCCUGUUGAUGUUACUUAAUUAAGAAGCUCUACACCAAAAAAUAGACCUCUGUAAAUAUUAUUUUUAUCACCGAAAAUGUGUUUUGUUAUCUCUAAGAUAUUAAAUCAAAACUAAGCAGAGUUAUAUAUUGUAUAAUAUAUGUAUCGUUAUCUAUUAUACUUUAUAUCUAUUUAAUUGUGAUCUAAUGCUUGAAUGCUUAUUUAACAUGUAGAGAUAAUUUAAAACGUUAGUUUUUUUUAUCGUCAAUGAUAAAUUUGAUCGUCAAUACAUAAAAAAAAAAAAAAAACUAAAAAUAUUUGUGAUAA